AUGAGCUCGCCAAGAAGAAGGAUUGAAACAGAUGUGAUGCGUCUAUUAAUGAGUGAUUAUGAGGUUACACUUAUUAAUGAUAAUAUGCAAGAGUUUUAUGUACAGUUUAGAGGGCCAGAAGAAACGCCGUUUACAGGAGGAAUUUGGAAGGUGCACGUUGAGUUACCAGAUCAAUAUCCUUAUAAAUCACCGUCCAUUGGAUUUAUGAACCGAAUUUUCCAUCCGAACAUUGAUGAAUUAAGUGGUUCAGUAUGUCUGGAUGUUAUUAACCAAACAUGGUCGCCAAUGUUUGAUAUGAUUAAUAUUUUUGAGGUUUUUCUGCCACAGUUACUUCGAUAUCCAAAUCCAUGUGAUCCGCUUAAUGGAGAAGCGGCAGCCUUAUUAAUACGAGAGCCUAAAACGUAUGAAAUGAAAGUACGUGAUUAUGUUUCUCGGUAUGCAACGAAAGAAAUUAUGGAAACAGUAAUGGUUGAAAGCUCGGAAAAUGAAGAAAUGAGUAGUGUAGGAAGUUUUAAUUCAGAGGACCCAGCGGCGGAAAUGGAGGUUUAA